GCGCACGCGCGUCUGUGCGGGGAGAGAGUAUCUAUGUUUUUGAUUUUAAGCUCCUGGAUCCUUGACAUCAGAGUGGGUUCCCAUACCAGGGUGGUGAGGCAUUGAGAGGAGCAUCCUGGGCGGGUGUGUGCGUGUCGGCGUGCCCUGCGUGGAGCAGGGAUUGCUGCACCCAGCGCCAGGCACCGGAGGAGGAGGAAUCCGUAGCAGAGAUCUGAAUAAUUGAUUCUUCAGCAGCACCAGACGCCGGGGAGCGGGCGGAGAGCGUGGUUUCAGCAUCAAGGUUGCGCGCCACCGCAGGCUCCCCCCGUCACCAGCCAGACACCUAGGUCGGCCUUGUUCCGCUGCCGCCGCUGCCGCCGUGCGCUCCAGAAGAGGGUGGCCGCGCUCCGCGUCGCCGCCUAGGGACUGCGGGGUCUGCCUCGGCCAGCCUCCUGGGUGGGCGACUGCAGGCGGACCAGAGAUCCAAAAAAACCGUCGGAUUGCGCGGGGGUUGCUGCGUUGCGUCUCGCUGGCUGAGAACAAGUCCUAAGUUGGUGUGGUGGAUGCAUCUGCUUUCCUUAUCCUCCUAGGCGACCGCAGCAGAAGCGCGCCCCAGGAUCCUGGCUUCUCCUGUGUUGUGAGCCGCGGUGGCCAGGCACUCUCCUGGGCUCCCGCUGACCAAGUGAGGAACCGAACGCCCAGCGCGGUGCUGGCCCCGCAGCGAAGGGCCCGGAGAGAGCUGCGGUCCUCCGCCCGCGCCCUUCUCGGCCAGGGACCGCGGGGAUCCCCGGCCACACGCGCGCGCGCGCUCCCACACUCACUCACUCACACACACACACACACACACACACACACUCACUCACACACACACACACACACACUCACACACUCACGCACGCCAAGCAGGAGCAGGACUGCGGAGAGGGUGUCCAGGAGCGCUCAGAGGACCGGCAGUCGCUGUCCGGAGUGGAGCAGAAAGCUGAGCCUGGGCUCUAGAAGAGAGGCUCCUGAGGUGCUGUGCCUGAGCAUGGGGCUGGAUGAGGUCUGAGAGUCGCGGCGGCAGCAAUCAGCCCUGGAGAUGACCAGGGGUGGCCACUGCUGAGAACUAUGUGGAGAGAGGCUGCGAGCCCUGCUGCAGAGCCUCCGGCUGGGAUAGCCGCCCCCCGUGGGGGUGAUGCGGACAGCGCGGGACAGCCAGGGGAGCGCGCGGGGGCCGCAGCAUGCGGGAACCCGCUAAACCUGGUGGCUGCUGAGGCGGCCGAGAUGCUCGUGCGCGCAGCACGCCCCAUUGCAUCCUCCACCUUCUCCGGCUACAGGGACCCUAAGUGGCGACCAUGGGCAGAUUGGGCUACUGGACCUUGCUGGUAUUGCCGGCCCUUCUGGUCUGGCGCGGUCCGGCGCAGAACGCGGCGGCGGAGAAGGGUCCUCCAGCGCUGAACAUUGCGGUGCUGCUGGGUCACAGCCACGACGUGACAGAACGCGAACUUCGAAAUCUGUGGGGCCCAGAGCAGGCAACCGGCUUGCCCCUGGAUGUGAACGUGGUGGCGUUAUUGAUGAACCGCACUGACCCUAAGAGCCUCAUCACGCAUGUGUGCGACCUCAUGUCCGGGGCACGCAUCCACGGCUUGGUGUUUGGAGAUGACACGGACCAGGAGGCUGUGGCCCAGAUGCUGGAUUUUAUCUCCUCACAGACUUUCAUCCCCAUCUUGGGCAUUCAUGGGGGUGCAUCUAUGAUCAUGGCUGACAAGGAUCCGACAUCCACGUUCUUCCAGUUUGGAGCCUCCAUCCAGCAGCAAGCCACAGUUAUGCUGAAGAUCAUGCAGGACUACGACUGGCACGUCUUCUCCCUGGUCACCACCAUCUUCCCUGGCUACCGAGACUUCAUCAGCUUUAUCAAGACAACAGUGGACAACAGCUUUGUGGGCUGGGAUAUGCAGAACGUGAUCACACUGGACACCUCCUUUGAGGAUGCCAAGACGCAGGUCCAGCUGAAGAAGAUCCAUUCUUCUGUCAUCCUGCUCUACUGCUCCAAAGACGAGGCUGUCCUCAUUCUGAGUGAGGCUCGCUCCCUCGGCCUCACUGGCUAUGAUUUCUUCUGGAUUGUCCCCAGUUUGGUGUCUGGGAACACAGAGCUUAUCCCCAAAGAGUUUCCAUCAGGUCUCAUUUCAGUCUCUUAUGACGACUGGGACUACAGCCUGGAGGCAAGAGUGAGAGACGGUCUUGGGAUCUUAACCACUGCCGCAUCUUCCAUGUUGGAGAAGUUCUCCUACAUUCCUGAGGCCAAGGCCAGCUGCUAUGGGCAGGCAGAGAAGCCAGAGACCCCGCUACACACCCUGCACCAAUUCAUGGUCAAUGUGACUUGGGAUGGCAAGGACUUGUCCUUCACUGAGGAAGGUUACCAGGUGCAUCCCAGGCUUGUGGUGAUCGUGCUGAACAAGGACCGGGAGUGGGAAAAGGUGGGCAAGUGGGAGAACCAGACCCUGAGCCUGAGGCACGCUGUGUGGCCAAGGUACAAGUCCUUUUCUGACUGCGAGCCUGACGACAACCACCUCAGCAUUGUCACCUUGGAGGAAGCCCCCUUCGUCAUCGUAGAGGACAUAGACCCACUGACUGAGACCUGUGUGAGGAACACGGUGCCCUGUCGGAAGUUCGUCAAGAUCAACAAUUCAACCAAUGAAGGGAUGAAUGUGAAGAAAUGCUGCAAGGGGUUCUGCAUUGACAUCCUCAAGAAGCUGUCCAGAACUGUGAAGUUCACCUAUGACCUCUACCUGGUGACCAAUGGGAAGCACGGGAAAAAGGUUAACAAUGUGUGGAAUGGAAUGAUAGGUGAAGUGGUCUAUCAACGAGCAGUCAUGGCUGUGGGCUCACUCACCAUCAAUGAGGAGCGUUCGGAAGUGGUGGACUUCUCGGUGCCCUUCGUGGAGACAGGAAUCAGCGUCAUGGUCUCCAGGAGUAAUGGCACUGUCUCCCCUUCUGCUUUCCUCGAACCCUUCAGCGCCUCCGUCUGGGUGAUGAUGUUUGUGAUGCUGCUCAUCGUCUCAGCCAUUGCUGUCUUCGUUUUUGAAUACUUCAGUCCUGUUGGAUACAACAGAAACUUAGCCAAAGGGAAAGCUCCCCACGGGCCUUCUUUUACUAUUGGAAAAGCUAUAUGGCUCCUCUGGGGCCUGGUCUUCAACAAUUCUGUGCCUGUCCAGAAUCCUAAAGGCACAACCAGCAAGAUCAUGGUGUCAGUGUGGGCCUUCUUUGCUGUCAUCUUCCUGGCCAGUUACACAGCCAACCUGGCUGCCUUCAUGAUCCAGGAGGAGUUUGUGGACCAAGUGACUGGCCUCAGUGACAAGAAGUUCCAGAGACCUCAUGACUAUUCUCCACCUUUCCGAUUUGGGACAGUACCCAAUGGAAGUACAGAGAGGAAUAUUCGUAACAACUACCCCUAUAUGCACCAAUACAUGACCAAAUUCAACCAGAGGGGAGUGGAGGAUGCCUUGGUCAGCUUGAAAACUGGGAAGUUGGACGCUUUCAUCUAUGACGCAGCCGUCUUGAACUACAAGGCCGGGAGGGAUGAAGGCUGUAAACUGGUGACCAUUGGGAGCGGGUACAUCUUUGCUACCACAGGCUAUGGAAUUGCGCUGCAGAAGGGCUCACCCUGGAAGAGGCAGAUUGACCUCGCUCUGCUCCAGUUUGUUGGUGAUGGUGAGAUGGAGGAGCUGGAGACACUGUGGCUUACGGGUAUCUGCCACAACGAGAAGAAUGAGGUGAUGAGUAGCCAGCUGGACAUCGAUAACAUGGCGGGCGUGUUCUACAUGCUGGCUGCAGCCAUGGCCCUCAGCCUCAUCACCUUCAUCUGGGAGCACCUCUUCUACUGGAAGCUGCGCUUCUGCUUCACAGGCGUGUGCUCUGACCGGCCCGGGCUGCUCUUCUCCAUCAGCAGGGGCAUCUACAGUUGCAUCCAUGGGGUACACAUUGAAGAAAAGAAGAAAUCUCCAGAUUUCAAUCUGACUGGAUCACAGAGCAACAUGCUAAAGCUUCUUCGGUCAGCUAAAAACAUCUCCAAUAUGUCCAACAUGAACUCCUCAAGAAUGGACUCACCUAAAAGAGCUACUGACUUCAUUCAAAGAGGGUCACUUAUUGUGGACAUGGUUUCAGACAAGGGAAAUUUGAUAUAUUCAGACAACAGAUCCUUUCAAGGGAAGGACAGUAUAUUUGGAGACAACAUGAAUGAACUCCAAACAUUUGUGGCCAACAGGCACAAGGAUAAUCUCAGUAACUAUGUGUUUCAAGGACAGCAUCCUCUCACUCUCAAUGAGUCCAACCCUAACACAGUAGAGGUGGCUGUCAGCACUGAAUCCAAAGUGAACUCCCGACCCCGGCAGCUUUGGAAGAAAUCCAUGGAGUCUCUACGCCAGGAUUCUCUAAACCAGAACCCAGUCUCCCAGAGGGAUGAGAAGACUGCAGAGAAUCGGACCCACUCGCUAAAGAGUCCUAGGUAUCUUCCAGAAGAGGUAGCCCACUCUGACAUUUCAGAAACCUCAAGCCGGGCCACAUGCCACAGGGAGCCAGAUAACAAUAAGAACCACAAGACCAAGGAUAACUUCAAACGGUCAAUGGCCUCUAAGUACCCCAAGGACUGUAGCGAGGUUGAACGUACCUACAUGAAAACCAAAGCAAGUUCUCCCAGGGAUAAGAUCUACACCAUUGAUGGUGAGAAGGAACCCAGCUUCCACUUAGAUCCUCCUCAGUUUGUUGAGAAUAUAACCCUGCCUGAGAAUGUGGGCUUCUCAGAUACCUACCAAGAUCACAAUGAGAACUUCCGCAAGGGGGAUUCCACACUGCCCAUGAACAGGAACCCAUUACAUAAUGAAGACGGGCUUCCCAACAAUGACCAAUAUAAACUCUAUGCCAAGCACUUUACCUUGAAAGACAAGGGUUCCCCACACAGUGAGGGCAGUGAUCGAUACCGGCAGAACUCCACACAUUGCAGAAGCUGCCUUUCGAAUCUGCCCACCUACUCAGGCCACUUUACCAUGAGGUCUCCUUUCAAGUGUGAUGCCUGUCUGCGGAUGGGGAAUCUCUAUGACAUUGAUGAAGACCAGAUGCUUCAGGAGACAGGUAACCCAGCUACUCGGGAGGAGGUCUACCAGCAGGACUGGUCACAGAACAACGCCCUCCAGUUCCAGAAGAACAAGCUAAGGAUUAACCGACAGCACUCCUAUGAUAACAUUCUGGACAAACCCAGAGAGAUAGACCUUAGCAGGCCCUCCCGGAGCAUAAGCCUCAAGGACAGGGAACGGCUACUGGAGGGCAACUUGUAUGGGAGCCUGUUCAGUGUCCCCUCAAGCAAACUCUUGGGGAACAAAAGCUCCCUUUUCCCCCAAGGUCUGGAGGACAGCAAGAGAAGCAAGUCUCUCUUGCCAGACCACGCCUCCGAUAAUCCUUUCCUCCACACGUAUGGGGAUGACCAACGCUUAGUUAUCGGGAGAUGUCCCUCGGACCCUUACAAACACUCAUUGCCAUCACAGGCGGUAAAUGACAGCUAUCUUCGGUCAUCCUUGAGGUCAACAGCAUCAUAUUGCUCCAGGGACAGUCGGGGCCACAGUGAUGUGUAUAUUUCAGAGCAUGUUAUGCCUUAUGCUGCAAAUAAGAAUACCAUGUACUCUACCCCCAGGGUUUUAAAUUCCUGCAGCAAUAGACGAGUGUACAAGAAAAUGCCUAGUAUCGAAUCUGAUGUUUAAGAUCUUCCAUCAGUAUUUAUCUAUAAGGAAACAUAUAGAAUGGCCAACAUUAUAGAGGGUAAAUGUUGGAUGUCCGAUAGCACCCUACUAGGAGGAAGAGGGUACAGGGAGGUACUUUUUGUUGGCUCUUUUGCACAUGGCUCCAUGCCAUAAUCUUCCACUCAAGGAAUCUUGUGAGAUAUGUGCUGAGCACAGCAUAUACCACGUAGGUGAAUCCUGAACCAAAAACAAAUGAAUACACAUGGGCAAGUCUCCCAGACAUGGCGACUGGGCACGGCGGCAAUAAUGGUGCAUCAGACGGCGAUGGUGACAUUGUGGUUGCCUAUAUUCCAAAUUCCAUGAAGAUCAAUCCACCAUGUAACUUCCCCCAUCAGAAAUGCCUCACAGUUUCUCUAAUACAGAAUAAGCAAUAUGGUAUGCAUGUAAGUCUGACGCAGACAAUAAGACAGUUAAGAAUGCAUCUGCACUGUAGUAAGAUUGACAUGUGCAAGGAUUAAGAAGUUUGGCUUGUAACAGUUCUCAGAUUUCUUGUUAUGCCUUCCAUGACAACCCUGGAUCAGUCCCCCUAAACUCCAGGUUCGCCCCCCCCCAAGAGUAGCAAAUCAGCGUGAUUGUGGCACCCACACUACUUUCAUUGUAGGCUUCCCCCAAGAUACACCUGGAACAAAUAGCCCCAGGGACUCUCAGGUGGAGAACUGUAAGAAUCUCUUUGGAUGUUAAUGUGUGUGUAUCUCUCACCCUCAGCUUCAAUGGUCUUGUUCGGAGCUGCAUAAACACUUUUAUGUCUUCGAUAUCUAAGUGUGGAUCUUCUGUCUAUGACAUAAUGGCUGUUGUAGUUAAUCUUGAAGACUCUCAUGUACGUAAGUCUGCAUUUCCUCCCUUCUGGUGAUGACUCAGGGGUGUAUAGUAUCUCUUACCCGACCCCUCCCAGAGUAACGUAACUUGUUCUGUCCCCAGACAGCCAUGAUGGUGUCUAACUAGCUGUGUGUUGUGUUCCUAGAGUUGUUAAUGUGGUGACAUGUGCCAACAGCCAUGUGUAAUCUGUAAGAAGUCCCAUGCCAUCUGUGUGCCCAAGGCUAGCAUGGUUUUACAUUAUGUCCCUCAAAGUCAGGAAACUCUAUUAGACAAUUAUUUCUAUACAAACCUCCUCAAAUCAAAAGCCUUCAGACAUCAGCCACUUGUGCGUCUCCCCCCCCCACCCCUCCCCAAGCACCCUUCCAACUGUGGAUAAACUCAGUAAAACAAGGGAUUUCUAUCCUCUGAAAUGUACACCUUCUUGGAGGUGAAUUUCUUCCCCAGCACCAACAGAAACCAAUGAGAAGUCUUCAACGCAUUUGUCAUUUCUGAGCUGCCUGCAUUGUCCUAUUCUUGGCCCACUGAGCCUGUGCAUAUAUGAUAGAACAGAUACUCAUUAGAUUAAAAAAGAGAAAAACUGGAGUCAGUGAGGGGAAUAUUCGUGCAUGGAAAAUUUCUUAGCACAUAAUUUUUUAUCACAUUUUUAAAAAGGACUCAAAAGGUAGUUAUGAUACCUUAUUAGACAAGGACAUAUCACAAAAGCAGAAAAUAAUAUGAAUUAAACAUUUUAUAUGCUUCUUUUCUAGCAAUUAGUAUAUUUCCAAUGCAUUAUUGUCCUUGAAAUAGCCAGGCUGCUGACCAUGGUAUUUUGCAUGAGACUUUAGUUGGUUGGGUAACUCUCUCCCAUGAAGGAUUCUAACCAUUUCUUGUUUUUCCUCUUACUGAAUCUUGGCUUGGGAUCUUGGAGAAAGGGAUCGCACGACAGGUUGAAAUUUCAUCCCUGUUCUUUUCUUCAUGGUGUUCUAUUUUAUAGGUGGGAUUGUCCAACUACAAGUUGAGCAGGGAAGGUUCUCUUAGAGCUUGGGGCUGCUUCAGAAGGAGCUAGCAGAGGGAAAGUUCAUUUGACCUACAGUGUUGCAAAAUGACAAAAAGUGAUGCAAUACACUGGAGGACCAGAGGUGGAGUGGCAGAGGGGGUGAGGCGUCUCUCUUCCUGUGCUCUUGCAGAACACAGAAGGAGGCUGGGGUGGAGCUAGAGGGCUGAGGUCACAGGACUAGGGUGGAGCCAGCGGUCUGGGGCGGAGCUAGAAGGCUGGGGCGGUGUUAGAAGUUGAUAAGCUUUAAAGUCACGUUUCACUCCUUGGACAGAGCCAUCAUUUCCUUCCCCAAGUCCCACAGGUGGGGAAAUGUGCAUUAGAGAACCUAGAACAGUCUCCCUGAUUUUUUAUCUUAAAUUUGAGCUUCAGUGUCUGUAGUGUCCUUUCACCCCUUUUACUUUAUUUCCCCAUAGGAUUCCAGACCUGUAUUCCUCCUGCUAGGACUGCUGUUGUGUCCUCACAGAACUGACUCUUAAGCCUCCCUGGAAUACAGAAUCAUGACUUGUCACAAAUCUGAGGAGCAUUCUGCUUUCCCGGAUUGUCCUCAAAGCCCAGGGUGCUGUUGAAUGUCCCACAUUUUAGUGAGAGUACAAAUGGCACUUAUACUGCCUCCUCAAAACCCUCUCUGGAAAAUUCAGGAUCAUUUCUGCUAUUAACUCUGUACAAAAGAAGCUAAAAUGAGGCUUUUGGAAGAAUCAGUCACAUAAUGGGAAAGAAUACGUUUGUUUUAACACCAAGAUAUUUACAAAAAUAAGUCAUGGUAGUUAGGGGCUGUGUGGCAAACAUUUGCUUUUCCCUCUCCUCUAAUUUGCUGCCUCUUGCACAUGAUAACUUCAAAGAAGAAACCGAGGUGGUCAUGUUCCAAGUGAGAGGUAAUCAUGUGGGCUUGUUUGAAGGAAAGCCAAGUAAGAUCCAUCCUUUUCAAAACUAACCCCGAGGGUGGCAAACGGCACCUACAGCCGGUGAUGAGUACUGAAUAAGAGGACUUGGCCUGGGUAUCAGUUAGAGGGUUCCCAUACUAAACCCAACCUCUGAGUCCUUAGACUUAGAGAUGCUAAGAAGCCAGUGUCUCUGAACUCAAAGGCCUGAUCUUUCCCUGGACUAAGUCAGGGCAGCUGCCCUGGGCAGUUGUCUUGGCAGUUCUUUUGUUUUCCUCAUUUUGGAAAGGACCAGACUGGUCCUCAGAUGUCAAUACUUGAAAGCAAACAGCCAUGCAUCUGUCCUUGCACCUGAACCGGUGCAAAUGCUGUGCACAAGAGAAGCUCCCAGAGCAUGACCUUCACUCGGCCAAACCUCGGUGCUCUGGGGGAACAGGUCCACCACCCCAAUGCUGCAGGUUUAGUAUACUUCUGGUUCCAGUGCUGUGGAGUUAGGCAAGCCCCCAUGGGUCUGUCUUCCUGUCAGUAAGACCUGCAUGCGACUCAAGGGAUGAGGACCUCACCAGGCAUGGUGAGGGAUGGUGACUGCUCUGUCCUCAGCACUAGUGACUAUCUCUUACCAUGCUCUGGGUUUUCUCCUCCCUGCCUCAAAGGAUACUUGAGAAGACUUAAUAUUUAGCUCUCUGGUGGAAGCAUUGAGAUCUAUCCAUUUCAGCAAAAACUGUCAAAUCAAUUCACACUUAUUUUCUGGGCAGAGAAAAAAAAAUUACACCUUGUUUACAAAUGAAAUAGUUUCAUUUAAAUGGGACUUUAGCCAAGGCAGUUAAUUAGUCAAAAGAUCCAGGGUAGUCACGCAGUCUCACGGUGUUUAUUCCGUUUGGUAUGUCUACCGCUGAUAUGUAUUUAAUAUUCUGCAUCUUCUCAGGAAAUGACAAAUGCCCUGAAUUCUUUGCAAAUAGAAUUGCUAAUGAAAAAGAAAAAGAAAGUUGGUGUUAAUUAAAUGAUGAUUAAAAAUUUAUCUCCCUUAAAACUAAAAAGUGCGGCUUUAGUAAUUGCUUGUCAUAUAAAUAAAUACCUUGCACUGAA